AUGGCUACCCGUUUUCACUUAGCGGCCCGGGUUGUGGCAGAAGGGGUUUCAAGAAAUGUCCCUGACUUAGUCAAGCGUAUUGACAUUCCACUUACGCCGACAAGCCCACCAGGUUUGGUCGAGGCGCAGACAGUGGAUCCCUGGAAGAAGUCGGGCAAGUACGCUCUGGGAUGGACGUACUUCUCCUUGGCAUUGAUGGGCAUGGUGAUGGUUGUCAGGAUAUGGCACUACUGGCAAGACAAGAUCCGACAGGCCAUCUACAAACAAGAAGUAGAGGAGCACUACCAGAACCUCUACAGUCUCGAGCCGGAGUGGGAUCACUCAGCGGCCAUGCAUACUGGGCAGACAUCGGGGCGACACUUCUUCCCGGAGGAGGCCAAGGCCGAAACAGCAUUCCGACCAAAGGCUCAUUUCUCAUCUAUUGGCGCCGUCAACGACACGUUGGCCCUGUUUAGAUGGAUCUUCUAUCGCCCAAUCCCCGACAUUGUCUGGAGGAAACAUCGAUUUACCUUCUCCUCCCUCUCGGUGCUCACCUGUGGCUUUGUUGCGCUGGCGUUCGUCACCCUGUACUGCUUCCUUCAGCAGCCACUCUACUGGCAAAGCAUACAAUUCGGGUCGCCACCAGUAGCCAUCCGUGCUGGUAUGAUCGCGGUGGCCAUGACACCGUGGAUCAUCGCUACGAGCACCAAGGCCAACGUCCUCACCCUCAUCACAGGCAUUGGGCCGGAGAGACUCAAUGUCUUGCAUCGCUGGGCUGGCUAUCUGUGCCUGUUCCUCUCGCUUGUCCAUACGAUUCCGUUCUACAUCCAGCCAGUCUGGGAUGACGGCGGCAUGAACAUCUUCCAAAGACUCUUUCCAGAAGGCAGUGGUGUCAUCUACGGCACUGGUAUCGCUUGUCUUGUGCCACUCUGCUGGCUGUGCGUUGCUUCUCUCCCAAUCAUCCGGAGAACAGCCUACGAGGUCUUCGUUAUGAUGCACUGGCCAGUCGGUCUUGCCUAUGUCGGCCUUCUGUUCUGGCAUACGAAGAACUUCCUUGCGUCGUGGAACUACCUGUACGCGACUGUGGCUAUUUUGGUCUUUUGCUACUUCCUGCGCCUGUUCAACCUGAACUGGACCAAGCCAGGGAGGAUGUCGUUCAUGGUGGGAGAUGAGGCAGCCAUCACGCUCAUGACCGAGAAUGCCAUCAAGAUCACGAUCCCCACGCAGAUGAGAUGGAAGCCUGGUCAAUAUGUCUAUCUCCGCAUGCCUGGCAUUUCAUUGUUCGAGAACCACCCGUUCACGAUCUCGUCACUCUGCAGCGAGGAUUUCCCCUCCGAGUACGGUGAGCAGUACCGCGACUGUGUACUGGUCUUCCGGCCUUAUGGCGGCUUCACUCGCAAGGUACUGGAAACGGCUAUUGAGAAGGGCCCCUUCCAUACGUAUCGCGCCUUUCUGGACGGACCAUACGGUGGAAUGCGUCGAGAACUGGCCGCGUUUGAUACGUGCAUUCUAAUUGCGGGAGGUAGCGGUAUUACAUCACUGAUGUCACAGCUACUGAACCUGAUUAAGCGGAUGCGAGAUGGCAAGGCAAUCACCAAGAAGAUUGUUGUAGUCUGGGCGCUCAAACGACUCGAGGCCAUGGACUGGUUCCGAGAGGAGCUCCGCAUCUGUCGUGAAGCAGCUCCGCCAGAGUCGGUGACCUGCAAGUUCUUCGUCACAGCGACGACACGCCAACAGCAGAUGGCACAUGGCUUGCACCAACGAGCACCACGGCCCCUGAGCAACAUGUUUCACGACAAACUAGACGGCUUUGUUGCCGGGAUCGCCUCGAAGCGCAACUCGGCCCUCAUCAUGUCCGAGGCGCAGGGCGAUCCGGCUCGCGAGAGGGAGCUGCGAGCAGAGGACGAGGACAGGAUUACUGCCCUCCCUCAGCAGAAGUAUCUGCAGCCACACAAGAUUCCGCCGCCUCCGCCCAAUCCGCCUCAGGAUCGCCAGUCCCAUACCGAGGACUCUCUGCGGAGGUUAGAAGGCAGGGAUCAGGAGGACAUCAAUGACAGUAAAGACACAAAGGAUGGCAAGGACGGCAAGGAUGGUAAGAAGCGGGAAUUCCACUUCCCACCUCUCCAGCCGCGCACGGAUCCUCCGUACUUCAACAACGCGCCGGCCAACUCGCCCGCCAAGCAGCGUUUUAGCCAACAGUAUCUUGCCCCGCCGAGCUUCGAUGGUGCCGGCCGCAGCAGCAGCCCGGAGAACUCGCAGCCCGGCAGUCACGGGCCUUCGAGCGAGGGACCGCGGCCGCCCGAGCUGGCGCACCUGCGAACGGACGUGGGCCACCUCAACUCUGGGCAGCAACGCCCGCGGCCGACGUCAACGUUCGGCCCGCCGUCCGGGUUCGACUUUGGCUUCCCCGAGACGCCGACCGAGUUCCAGAAGAGCCUGAUGCGCUUCGCCUUCCCCGUGCCGCACCAGAUCGACGGCGGGUGGAGCGUCGAGUACGGCCGGCCGGACCUGGGCUACAUGCUGCGCGAGUGGGCGACUGGCGGGUCGGACGGGCGCGGCAUCCUGGGCCGGAGGACGGCUGUGUUUGUGUGCGGGCCCCCGGCAAUGCGUGUCGGCGUUGCCAACACUGUUGCCCGGCUGCAGGCGGAGAUCUGGGGCGACGAGAUGCUCGAAGAGAUCUUCUUGCAUACCGAGAACUACGCUCUAUGA